AUGUCUUUUCAGCCGCCUGCACCCUUGAUGGAAGCGACACGAUCGGUCAUAGAAUCCUUCCAUGUUCUAGUGUUCAAUAUGGAACAUGCCGAGGAGAAGUUUCGAAAGCAGAUAUCUCCUCUCGCCCUCAAAAACCAGUACGAUCGUUUCAAACUCUGGGCAGCAAAUCUUGGAGCCCUUCACCAUGGACGAGCAUCACUAGACUUCCGCUUGAUGGAUUCUUCUCUCAUGAAAUCCACACUGUUAAAGUUUUUGAACGAACUCAGACUUGUGCUAUCAAAAAGCAGUGAGAUUGUACAGGGAUCCAGAUUACCGUUAGAGGAAGCUUUGGCGCAAGAUUUAGGCGAAGCUUUGGAAGACUUCAGCGAUAGUGAUAGUUCAAGCAGCGAAAACACCGACAGAGUUUUCAGUAACCGGACUGAGCUGGGGCAAAACGCAACCGAGACAAGUCAAAUCCUGUCGUCUCUAAUGAAGGCUUCCUUCAAGAUCAGACAGCCUCUGAGUAGGACGGCACAGCUUCAACACAAGGCCUUCAACCAUAAAUUAUCAAUCUGUAUCAACGAUACAAGUACUGGCGAUCUUUUGAUGGCGUACUCCGACUUUGACCGGCUCCACGUCGAGGAGAUGUUCCGGCAAUUCCGAAAAUACACCAUUGAGAUGGAUCCCAGAUCAGCUUUCCGCGUCUCACAUCGUCUUGGAGAGUCGGGGCAUUACCAUGAUCAUUUAGACCAGCAGCUGAUAGAUCGUUGGAGCAAGUCCAUUACUAAUCGACGGCGCUUUUUCUCCUACUGGAAAAGACAUGCUUUCAAAUUAUCUAGAGCAGCGCCGCCUGAGAGGGCAGAGGAUAAGCACGUUCCCCUGAGACCAUUCAUCCUUGCCACUAAGCAAACCUAUGUUCAACGCCCCUCAGAAGUACAAGGUUCUGCUUCCCAGAUUCAAAGAGCGGAGAACUCUGUGGGGCCUCCUUUGGUAUCAGAAACGGACGCAACAAGAUACGAAGAGAACAUGGACGAACACGACACGGUGUCGACUGUGUCAUAUGCCUCAACAGCACUCGACAUUGGUGGAAGCACGAGUAGACUUCCACCCCCUCCUUCCAUAAUCACAGGACAGCACGAGUUUCUCUGUCCGUACUGCCAUGUGCUUUGCCCUUCCAAAGAAGCCAAAGGCAAGCGUUGGAGAGAACACAUUCGCCAUGAUCUUCAGCCGUACAUGUGUACUUAUAUUGAUUGUGCCGAUGCAGACGUCAUGUUCAUAAAUCGAGCGUCAUGGACGGAGCAUGAAUCACAAGCCCACCGCCGCAUUUGGCGUUGCUUCGAACAUGGCAUGCAGUUUAGUUCGCAGGACUCAUUGACAGCACAUUUAGAGAGCUUUCACUGCGACCUGGGCGUGGCUCAGAUUCAAAGUAUCUCAGAACUCUCUGUUGUCAGCAGAGAUGAUGAACGAAAAGCUUGCCCGUUUUGCUUGUCAUUCGGGCCCUUCAAGAAAGACCUGAUCAACCAUAUGGCAUUUCAUAUGGAAGAACUUGCUACUUUCGCCAUAUCGAGAAGUGCUGGAGAGAAACCCGAAGGAGAUUCUCUUGGGACGAAUUCUGGUGCCACUAUUGGCGAUCUAUCUGCCGAUUCUCUGAGAUCCGCUGGUCUGGAUUUCUCGUACGAGGAUUUGGUGGAGUCUCAUACAAGUGGUCAAGUGGGUUUGAGUGAUAAAACAGGGCCUGGCGGUGCCCCGUCUUUGGACACGCCUGGAAACAUCGAAAGAGAGUCGGAUUCAGAUACCUGGUAUUUCGAUUCGUCCAGGUUCGACGACUAUGAGGCUUCAAGGGAUGUCUUCUUUAGGCUAUGGCACCCUGGCACUUUGGCUUGGUUCUUAGCCUCGGCCGAUUUUAAACUUUGGUCAUCUGAAAAGGGGCAUCUGCUUUUCAUUCAUGGUGUCCCCGGCGUAGGAAAAUCAGUCCUAGCCUCAGUUGUCGCCCACUCUCUUGCGAACACCGUCCAACUUGGAGUCGCCACACUCAUUUGUUACGGCGAAUCUACGGCGGAUACGGAAGAGGCCCUUCUACUUAGCCUGCUGAAACAGUUAAGUCGGAGUAUUACGAGCCGGCCUGCGGGAUCCCUCCCAUUGCGGCAAAAGAGAAAAGACUCGCCGAGCCAUCAGGAGAUACUAGAAGCCCUCAAAGAUGUUGUGGCUGAAUUCGAAAGGGUGCACAUCAUUGUCGACGGACUCGACCAACUCCAAGAUCACACACGCAUGUCCCUUUUGCGAUCACUAAAGAAACUCAAUGACCAGGGAGUUGGCGUCUUGACAACCUCAAGAACGAUUCCGCACAUGUUAAGAGACAUGGAAGGUUGGCCAAUUGUCGCAUUCGACAGCAAGGCCGACGACAUACUUUUAUGGGUUCGUGAAGGAAACUCGCCAUUCCGUCCACUAACACCAUCGGCCAUUGCGCACGUUGAUCGCCAAGUAGUCCGAUAUUCCGAAGGAGUGUUUCUCUUCGCAACCUUUUACCUCCACCUACAGAGCAUGACGGACUCCACGUGGGAUAGAUGGGAUGCAGAUCCACUGAACCACUUCUACGCAAGGCAAGUGGAUAGAGUUGUGCGUUCUCAACACCCAGAGCUGGCCGUGAAACUCCUAGGUUGGGUCGCCCUUUCUAUGAGAGCGAUUACAACGACGGAAGCUCAGGCUAUGUUUGCAUUCAUGGACAAUAUUCGGCCUAUUAACAAAUCGUCUCAACCAUCUCUGGAUAGCAUCAUAUCAUCCUGCGCCGGGCUCCUUAUAGUAGACGAGAAGGAUACUAUCCGCUUUUUUCACAGCACAGGCCUCAAACACUUCCUCGAAAACCAGGAAAAAUGGUUUUUGAACGUCGCCCGUGAACAGGCAGAGCUGUGCUGCAAAUAUCUUUCGCUUGACGCGUUCGAAAGUGGAGCAUGCUCGACACUGUCCGAAUACAAGAUGCGCCUACAGUCGCAUCCUUUCUAUGAAUACGCAGCUCUUCAUUGGGGAAGAAACGCAGUCACUGCCUUCAUGCGCCUUAAAGAUCCCAGAAGGUUCAAGGCCAGCAGAAUUUACAAGACUGUCAUGCGGUUAUUUGCGAGCGAGGCCAAGUCACAAGCGGCCUAUCAAGCUCUAACGGCCAACGAAGUAAGUCUUGGAGAGCCAGCUCCGGAGAAAUGGGUCAAUCUUCACCUGUCGGUGCUGUUUUCAUUCCAACAAAUCGUGAUCGAGAUCCUCCCUGAGGUUGCAAAAGAUCAUGACUUCUUGCGAGAUGAGUCCAAAGCUAGAUUGAUUUUCCUAGCCUCGAUAAGUGGCAACACAGUCAUUCUUGAACAGCUCCUACAUUUCAUGGUCACCAAUAUUCCUAUAGCGAUAGGGAGAAGUCUUUCCCAUUGCCAGAUGGCAGUUGGAUUGAAGCUGGGCCAAAUUCUUCACACGGCCGUCCGCUAUGGUCAUGUACACGUCGUCGAGACUCUACUCAAGUUUCACGCGAACGAAGAUCUGCAGGGUAAUCAGGAGAAUUUAAUGUGCUCGGCGGUGGAAAAUGAGCACCACGAAAUCGUUUUCGCCCUUUUGAAGGCUAGUAUAAGUCCCAACGCAGUCAACUCUUGGCUCAAAACGCCACUGGGAUUGGCUAUUGAACGAGGCCACGAGAAUACUGUGCGUCUCCUGCUAUCUCACGGAGCGGACCCGAAUAUCCCGAACGUUAACGACGAAACGCCUUUAUUCGAGGCUAUUAUAGCCGGUGAAUGGGGUAUCACCAGUGUUCUUUUAGGGUACGGAGCCAACCCAAACGCAAGAACGACGGCAGGCCAUACACCGUUGGAGUUGGCUAUCGCAGUCAGAGAUGCGAAAGCUAUUCGCUUGCUUUUGGGGUAUGGCGCGGAUGCCAAUGCUCAAAGUCUUGAUGGGACGCCUCUUGUGUUGGCGGCUAGAGGAGAGGGCCUUGAAGAGAUAGUCGAUAACCUCUUACACAGAGGAGCCGAUCCUAAUCUCCCAGACUCUUCGGGCAAGACGGCUUUGGAAAUCGCAUCAAGCAGCGGAAGCAAAACUACAGAACUCAUUCUUACCAAGUUCAAGGAAAGUAUGGCCGCGAAGAGGGAGGACCCAGCAAUGAGGGUCUUAUCGGCGGCGAGCAGUAACUUCGAAGACCGUCUUCUUGAUCUCUUAGUCGAAGGUGGCGACGCCAACCAAGGAAAUUCACUGUACGUGGCUUCAGAGAAGGGCUUCUCAGCAGUCGUGAAUGCUCUUUUGGUGCAUGGCGCGGACCCGAACGCUGCGGGGCCAGAUGGAACGCCGUUGGUGAUAGCCGCUAAGAACGGGCAUCUGGACGUAGUGGACGCGUUGAUAGCAUGGGGAGCCCGCCUGGAGGAGGCGGAUAGCAACGGGAAGUCUGCUCUGUCUCAUGCGGCUCAGAGAGGACACUUGUCCAUCGUGAAGCUUCUCUUCGAGUCUGGGGCGAGGGAGGAUAAGCGCGAUCUACAUGGAAAUCUGCCCGCAGAUCUUGCUCUCCAAAGCGGCCAUCUUCCAACCCGUCGUUUUCUCCUUGAAGUCAAUUACCUUCAAGUUUCAAGGCCAGGACGUUUGCCCAAGUACUUGGACAGAGUCGACCGGUGGGUGAUGAAAAACAAAGGAGGCACCAGUCAAGGUGAGACGCCUAUUUUUCGAAUUAGCGCAUUCACGGGCGACGAAGUUCGCUUUCGGUUGAGCGAAUCGGAAGGCGUCGACUUAUAUGAUGAAUAA